UGGCACCGCGGCAAACGCUGCAGGCUGGACUGGACUCUCUCUCCUCCCCCUCUUCACUUCAACCUGAGACCGACUGACUCGUUUAGACCCGCUUUCUUGUCGCCUUUACUUUUAGAGCUCUCGCUACCUUCCACCAUUACGUCCCAAAGCAAAACGGACUUCUUAGCGCUUGCUUCUCGGACUCUCCAGAGGAAGAGAAUCAUCGCCGCUGUGGUUGGCAUCAUCAUGGUUUUGGCUCUGAUUAUCGUGAUUCCCCUGGUAGUCCAAACCUCCAAGACUAAUGCGCACUACGAGAUGAUGGGCACCUGUCGGAUGAUCUGUGACCCGUACAACCCCAAACCUAGCGCGACGGCUUUGGAGGUCAUGCAGGAUCUGAGCGCCAUUCCCUCUCCCAGCUUUGUUCAAGGAACUAAGGGCGAGCCGGGUCGGCCGGGGAAACCCGGGCCGAGGGGACCGCCCGGCGAACCGGGACCACCCGGUCCAAGGGGACCUCCGGGGGAUAGAGGAGAUUCUGUAAAGAUCGGGUAUUCCGGAGUGGAGGGCACAGCGCGGACUGAUACUGCCGGAGAACUGGGCACGGCUAUCGGCGGAGCAAAGAUAGCGUUUUACGUGGGACUGAAAAACCCUCACGAGGGAUACGAAGUAUUGCGCUUUGACGACAUUGUCACGAACCUGGGGAACCACUAUGACCCGACAACCGGCAAGUUUACAUGCCAGGUGUCCGGGAUUUAUUACUUCACCUAUCAUGUGCUAAUGCGCGGAGGCGACGGGACAAGCAUGUGGGCAGAUUUAUGUAAAAAUUUGCAGGUCCGGGCCAGCGCCAUAGCGCAGGACGCUGACCAGAAUUACGACUACGCCAGCAACAGCGUUGUCCUGCAUCUAGACUCUGGGGACGAGAUUUAUGUCAAACUGGACGGCGGAAAGGCGCACGGCGGAAACAACAACAAAUACAGCACGUUUUCAGGUUUCCUUCUGUACCCGGACUAAUUUGGGACGGUUUGCCCACUCCAUCGGGACUUGGGGAGAAAUAAGCCUCUAAACACUGCUGAUCACACUGACAGAAGAAGGUUGCCACGAUGAAAAGAGCACGCCAUAUUGUCAUACUCACUUUUUGAAAUCUUUCUUCGAAGCAUGUGGAUGCUUAUUUUUUUUCAUUCUAGUAUUUUCAGCUCCAAACUUGAUUAGUUUUUCUCUCUCCUGUAGGGUGCACCAAGGACGCUUUUGAAACACCUUUCUGCUGUGGAAAUAAGUGAAAUUAGUAUGAAAAUAUGUUCAGCAAACAAUUCAUGUCCGUCUUUGUCCCUGAUUGUUGUGACACUGCUCUUCAUAAUCUACCUUCAUAGUAUAUGUUUGCAGUGCAGGUAUCCCACCCACCCACACCCACACACAUCCCAUACAGGGGACAUUACUGUGUGAAGCAAUGCUGUUUAUGCUUGAACGUAAUCUCACAAAGAUUUAUGUAUAUACAUGUGUAUGCUCUUAUGUAUUUAUUUAUUCAAGAAGAAAUGAAAUGCAGUGAACCCACAUUAGUUGUAUUUAACUGUCCAUCUGCAGCUGCACAAGUAUUUCAAGAUGGCUUUGUAUUCCAGUAUAAAUGUUGGUCUGUAAUUUCAAUAAAUUCUUGUUUUCUAUGAUGGUACAAAAAGGUUGUGACUGCCAAUAAAAACAGCAGGCUGCAGCCAGAGUGGAA